CGACGGCGUAUAACAGAGCUCAAAUGCCAUUAGUCUUUGCGAUAUUUCUCGCGUUCUCAUCAACAACAACUUCGACACCACUACGACCACUACGACCACCACCCUUACAACCGUCUGAGCAUCGGAUUCCAGUCAUAAUUUCAAGCCGACCACAGCUCAGACUGCGCACCCGUGCCCUAGAAAGAUGGCAGUCCCUAAACCACCAUUCAGAGUCAUCAUAGCAGGCGGCGGCAUCGCUGGCUUGACCCUGGCAAACAUGUUCGAGAAGUUCGACAUCGACUACGUUAUACUCGAGGCCUACAAGGACAUCGCUCCACCCGUGGGCGCCAGCAUCGCCCUUAAGCCCAACGGCCUGCUCAUCCUUGACCAGAUUGGUUGCUACGACGGCGUUGCGAAAGUAGCUCACAGUAGUGCCGAUGGCGAGGCUUGGGUACGCGAUCCUAAUGGAAAACCCAUCAGCAUGCAAAGGUUGCUCUACCAGCACGUCGGAAAACGCCAUGGCUACAACAUGCUGUUCUUCGACCGGCAGUGGCUCCUAAAAGUCUUGUACGACCAUCUUCGCAGCAAGGACAAAGUCUUCGUCAACCAAAAAGUGCAAACCAUCACCACCGGUCCAUUGGGUGUCGAGGUCAAAACCGCAUGCGGCGACAUCUUUUCUGGCUCCAUGGUCAUUGGAGCAGACGGCAUUCAUAGCGCCGUCAGGCAAGAAAUGCGAAGGCUUGCAGAUGAGCAUUCUCCCGCAGGCUUUCGCCCAGAUGAGGAAGACAAUGUCCCCUGCUAUUAUCAGUGCAGCUUUGGCAUUGCGCAGAACGUCGAGAAAUGGAAAGAUGGCGAACAGACACAUACCUGCGGCCAUGGCAAGGCGUUCCUCGUUGCUCCUGGCCCUGGAGGUCGUGUUUACUGGUUCCUGUUCAUCAAACUGCCCCGCGUCAUGCAUGGCAAGGACAUACCGAAAUUCACAAAGCAAGACGAAGAGAAGCUGGUUGCGGAGAAUCGGAACCUGUUAGUCAAGGAAAACCUUACGUUCGGAGAGAUCUUCGAUCAACGUGUCAGCUCCACCUUGACGUCUCUCCACGAGGUUGUCUAUGAAAAGUGGUUCUACGACCGCAUGAUGCUCAUUGGCGACUCUGCCCACAAGCCAAAUCCGAUUGGGGGCAUGGGUGGUAAUGGUGCCAUUGAGUCGGCAGCCGAACUUGUCAACCAUCUUCUCGACGUUCGGAGCGAGCGCCAAGGCAGCCUCGACGGCAUCAGCACUGCUGAACUCCAGGACAUCUUUCAGCAGGUGCAGCACGCCCGCUUCAGUCGAGCCAGCGAGGUCGUCGAGCAAGCGCACGAGCUACAAGCCCUCUUUUCAUACGAGAGACCCUUUUUCUCCCAAGCCGUCCUUCGAAUUGGGGCGCUCCUGGGCGCCAAAGAUGCAACACUCGCAAGGAUAGGAGGUCUGGUUGUUGGCGGAACAAGACUAAAGCAUGCUCCGAUACCUCGUCGUCCUCGCGUGAUCCCGUUUGAUUACGAGCUUCCCGCGGCUCCUUUGGGUGCAAAGUCUCAUAUGGCUGUCCGAGUUGUAUUCACUCUCGUCAUGAUAGCUCUCUUGUUCACGACAGAGGGCUUGAAUCGAACCGUACCUUGGGCAGGCCUGUUCCCAGCCAGCCAGCAUCUGCUGGCCAACUCCAAAGCUCAAGCUUCAUUCUUCGCAAUUCAGCUCAUCUCUCCCCUGCUGGUUUGGGUUAUCGAAGCCCACAGAGUCGGUAACCAAGCCAGCCUUCUCUCGUUGGCUUCACUCUUCGCACUUGCCACCCCAUUUCUGGGCAUCUCUCGGGCUGUGCCUCUCUACGCCAUCGCGCUGACCACGUCGCCACUGAUCAAUGCUGCUCUCCGCGAGAUUGAGCCGAAGGCAGUCAAAUCUAUCCUGCCCGCUCUUGUCCUGGCUUAUGUUAUCCCGAGUAUCGUGAUCAUCGUCCAGGCUGGUGGAGUCGAAGAAUGCACGACACUCUGGCGUUUCGCGCCCGCUCUGUUCUCCUUGAGCACCACCAUCAUCUGGAAGGCGGCAACACUGCUCAGCAGAAAUCGCGGCGGCGCGAUACAGCUCUCAGAUGGCGAGAACGACAAGGAAUUGGAUCGCUACAAAGACCUCGAGCUUCCUUUUCUGAACAUCACGUACUUCAUCGCAUUCAUCGCUCUAACCGCCACCCACAUCUUGGCCCUGUUCUGUGCCAACGUCUCCCACGUGGAUAUCGCCACCACUGCGAUUGAGGUUAUUGUCGAUCAAUUCGCCAAGGUGAACCUAAUGUCUGCCCUGCCGGCGGUCAUCCUGCUCGAGCUCUACAGCGUGUACGAGAUGCGGCGACUCGGUCAGAUCACAACCAUCACAGCUGUCCUUGCGGCCGGUUUCGUCUUGCUGGCUCAGAUCCUGGUCGGUCCGGGCGCUGCAUGGAUUGGCCUAUGGUUCUGGCGCGAGAAUACUGUUGCCAGGCUCUCUACUCUCAACGAUAAGCAAUAG